AUGCAAUCUCCCUCACCUCGUCUUCGGCAUUACAGGACCAUGACAGCAAUAUGCUUCGUCUGCAAUUUACCGAUACUAUCGCACCAAGUUGGUUUGGUAUGGGCUGGAGGGAAUGGAUGGGACGAACUCACAAGAUCCAAUUUGGAAGAAUCUACUCUCAGGCAGCGGCUUGGGAAUCGCAGGGAUUCUGCAGCCCAAGUGUGUUGCUUAUCACCACCAGAGCCCGAUGUCUCAGAUCAACCCAGGGGUGGUCCCCGCCGACGUCGUUCGUCGCUUGCUCAACUUACCGACAUCCUUCGCGAAUGGGGUGGUGGGAGCAGCGCACCCAGACGUCAAAGAGCUCCGUUAUCCAGACGAGAGACAUUGGCAGACUUAGCUCGCUCUUUACCUUGGGCCCGACACGAACCGCCCCCUCGUCGUCGACGCGAAUCGUCAGCGGAUUCUGGAAUUAAAUCCUCAGUGUCUAAACGUCGGGAUUCCAAAGCUGUCCCUCAUGAUUUUAAAACAGAUUUUCCCAGCAGCCUAGAUCGCAAAGAUUCUAUAGCUGUAAUGACCAGAGAACGCAGAGUUAAACGGAGAGGAUCUGGAGAUGGUAAAGAUCGUCGUGAUUCGGUUGAUGGUCACCGACAUCGACGCGAUUCCUUAGCGGCUCCUCCACCGCGUAUAGUGGCCACUCACAAAAAGAGACGAGGUUCUCCACCGACACCGGGUCCGCCAUCUUUUGUAGAUGCAUCAUCCGAUCCAGGUCCAUCAACCCAUCCGCCCUCUGUGACAGUAGUAACAGUGCACGAGCCAAGUCGCUCAGAUGGAGAAUGCCCACCAAUGACUAUGCCAACUAUUAUCACAUCAGCGGUAACACCUUCGCCUACUUCACCAACUAUACCCACAUCCAAUGCAACACAGACUACUCAAGCCACUCAAGCUACACAGUCUGCACAGGGUACUCAAGUUACUCCUGGUGGAAAAACGCCGCCACAAUUAGGUGGCAGACGAGAUUCUACCACCCAAUGUGGUCGAGCUAGACGAGAUUCUCGAGCUACGGCUAGUCCAGAACGUAGAUUAGGCAGAUUACAGAGACAAGCAACUGCUUUUGAUGACCCUACUGGUCCACCUGGUACCCGUCGCAGGGAUUCCGGACCUACACUGGAACCGGAUGACGCAGGCCGAGCCAGACGUGAUUCGUUGAGUCCUGACUCAGCACGACCAAAAAGAGAAAGAAACCAGUUGAGUCCCGAUCGCGCGGGGGGUGGUGAACUCAGCCCAUCAGCCGCUCGUCGGAGAAGUCGCUUAAGACGCCAAGCUUCAUGUGCCAGAGUUGGUCGAGCAAGAAGUCCUGAGUCAAGCUCAUGUUCAAGCCGAGAUCCAAGCCCCUGUGCACGACCUCCUGAGAGAACGAUGUUUAGGAGACAAUCGACCACAGAAGAGAUAUUGAUAGCACGUGGCUUUAGACGUCAAUCUACAACAGAAGAAAUGAUACGAUGCCGUAAUUUUCGAAGACAAAGCUCCCAAAGUGAUGACGCUUGUAUGCGUGCUCGUGGUCGCCGAGAUUCUUCAACACAAAUACUCGAUGGCACUAUUGGUACCAUGACUGUAGAAACUACGAGUACAUUCUUUGAUUCCAGUACACAAACUGAGCCAUCCCCGUUGUACGACAACAACCAUUAUCACGAGGAAUGCCUCCGCUGCAACUCCUGCGGGUUGAAUCUCACCGGACCAAAUCAAAAACGUGCUCGCCGUUUCAAGAAUCAGAUUCUCUGCGACUUGCACUUCGCGGACGUGGCGCUGAUGGAGUGCAGUGACUUCAUGCAACAGCUUCGCAGCUUUAAACCCCAGUCGCUUGGAUGUGCUGUGGCCAGGCGCAAGUCGUCGACUACCCUCAUAUUCCCGUUACCACCUCAAGCUUGCUCAGAUGAGUUCUGCGAAGAAUACCCACACAAUCUGAUUCCUACACCGGGAUACUGGAUCGAGUGCUCGCGUCAGAAGAUCACCACAGACACCAUUUGGGAUGAAUCAGAAUCUGAACAUGACAGUGGUCCAGACAGAGAUGAUUCAGAUCGACGUAGAAGGUCAGGUUCCUUGGAUGAAGCCGCAGAAGAUAGCAGCGAUAAUGGUGGAAGUACGCCGAAGAAGAAAACAGCUAUCGAAGAGCAAUGGGAAAGAUCCGGUGGCUUCGAACUUACAUCAGUCGAACAGGAAACGUACGAAAAAUACUUCUAUGGCACUGAACAUUGGAACUAUUUUACCAAUGACGAAGAUUUGGGCCCCGUUAUCCUUUCAAUAAAGCAAGAAACUCUUAAUGCAAGAGACCAAUUCAGGAUUCUCGUGCGAGCGAUCAGUUAUACUGUACAUGGCCUAAUACCCGCAUCCUGUGUCUUCGCUGACCGUUACAAUCGCGAAGAAGUGGUUAGAUCUCUAGGCAAAGAGGUCAACAUCAACCCACCUCUAAUGCUGGGACAACUCCCGGAUACCCCUGAGGAACUACUCAAAUUGGACCAAGUUUUUAUAAAGUCAGAACUGAAAGUUGGUGUGAUAUAUGUGAAGGAAAAUCAAUACACCGAAGAAGAAAUUUUGGACAAUAAUGAGAAUUCACCACUUUUUGAAGAGUUCUUACAAGUUCUCGGAGAAAAAGUUCGUCUCAAAGGAUUCGACAAAUACAAAGGCGGUCUUGAUACCGUUCACGAUCUCACAGGAUUGUAUUCAGUUUACACAAACUGGAGGAGCAUUGAGAUCAUGUUUCACGUUUCUACUCUUCUGCCGUAUGAGAAACAUGACGCACAGAAAUUACAACGAAAACGUCACAUAGGAAAUGACAUUGUAUGUGUCGUAUUCCUGGAAGCCGAUAAUACAGCCUUUUCACCAGCCUGCAUAAAGAGUCAUUUCUUACACACAUUUAUUCUAGUGCGAGUGUCUGCUAAAAUUAAAAGGCGUCCCACUAGAUAUGAAGUGUCGGUCGUGACCCGAGACGAGGUGGGCGCUUACAAGCCGUACUUGUGGGAGCAAAGUGUGUUUGAUAAAGGACCUAUGUUCAGAGAAUGGUUACUUACUAAAAUUGUAAAUGGUGAACGAGCUUCAUAUUCCGCACCAAAGUUUGCUCGAAUGCAGGAACGUACUCGAAGCCAAAUGUUAGAAGACAUAGUCGCCAAUUUGCAGAAUCACGCCGAAACUGGACAGAUACCUAAGCCUUACCGACGAGGAUCUUGGCGUCCAAUUGGUCACAUGCGACCGUCAUCGCCAUUGUUAGAUUCCGUCAGGGAUCAGUUUGAAGACUACGAUCAACUGGCGAAAGAUUUUACAAGAGUAUUCCUCAACAGUGAACUAAACGCUGCUCAGAAUGCACAACUUUUUGAUGUAGUAUUCAUGGUUGGGCAGUCUAAACAGAAAACGAAAUUUAUCGGUGUCCGUGCAAUACUAGGUGUUAGGAGCAGGGUAUUCCAAGAAAUGCUCUACGGCAUACAAACUGGUUUCGGCUCGCCUCAAGUGCCGGUAGCUGAACUGUUAGCCCGACCCGCGCCCACGCUUCUUUCUCCCACGCCACGACAGAAAAGCAGCAACUUCUUACAAGUACCUGACAUUGAAUCUCCGAGACCCAAAAGUGUUCCCAGUUCUCCAAUGGUUAAACGUGCCUUCUCCCGCCUCGGCACCAUAACAGCUGGAUGGGGUCGAUCUAUAAGGAAACAACACUCUCAACUCAAUGUUGAUGAUAAGAAAAAAUGGGCUAGCUCACAAGACUGUUCAAAUAAAGAAAGUAAGGACAAAGACAAAGACAAAAAUGCAGCAUUGGCAGUGCCACGUCUUUCAGUGUGUGCAGAUGCUCAAAAAGUAGACCGAGCGAAGCUUGCUCAAACUGAGUUCUCAAUAAUUGAAUUCGACCCUGAGACAUUCCGGAUCUUGCUGGACUAUUUACACACGGGCAGCUGUCCUCUCACAUGCGCCUCCAUACCGGGGCUCAUCUGUGCUGCCGAACACUACGACCUGCCAGAACUUCUGCAGGCUUGCUUCCAUCACGCCAAGCAGUUCCUUAGGAUUGAAGUGGUGUGUACCAUGCUGAUAUCACUGGAAAAUUACUACUGGCGUUACACAUCAGCUUCUGAGCUGGUCAAUAUGAUUCUGGCAUUUAUAGAACAACGGGCAUAUGCUCUCUUCCAAACUUCGGAGUUUCUUAAUCUAUCGGAAUCGAUGGUACAGAUGAUAAUGUGCAGGAACCUCGAAGUACCAGAAGUAAGAAAAUUCGAAGCAAUGCUUAGUUGGGCUCGCAAUAAAAUCAAAUCAAAGUCUACGAACAAGACUGACGCCAAGAAUGAGUUCAAAUGUAUAAUGGAGCGAUUAGCUAGAGAUUUGAAAUUAUAUAGGAUCUCACCACAGGAAUUAAUAAAAGUGGUUCUUCCCUCAAAAGCAAUCAAAAAUGAACGUAUUCUCGAAACUUUGAUGUAUCAAGCCAACUCGGGAAUGUACAGAAUUCAGGAUAGUUACAUCGAGGCUUGCCAGCAACGCCUACAGAAACAGGAUUCGAGAUUUUCAGAAUUCGAAAGUUUUGAUUACGGUAUAUAA